AUGGAAGCUCGAAUUCUCAACACUGUUUCCAGAUACGCCUUCCCGGCCUUUGCCGGCAUUGCGCUAUUCCAGUCCUCCAUCUACGAUGUUCGCGGUGGAUCCAGAGCCGUCAUCUUCGACAGGUUGUCCGGUGUGAAGGAGCAGGUCGUCAGCGAAGGCACACACUUCUUGGUGCCAUGGUUACAAAGAGCCAUCACCUUCGAUGUCCGGACGAAGCCGCGCAACAUUGCCACAACCACCGGCAGCAAGGAUUUGCAAAUGGUCAGCUUGACGCUCAGAGUUCUUCACAGACCCGAGGUUCAGGCUCUGCCCAAGAUUUACCAGAACCUCGGUACAGACUACGACGAGAGAGUCCUGCCCUCUAUUGGUAACGAAGUGCUCAAGUCUAUUGUCGCACAGUUCGAUGCCGCCGAGCUCAUUACACAGCGUGAAGCUGUCUCCAACAGAAUUCGGACAGACCUGAUGAAGAGAGCAUCAGAAUUCAACAUUGCGCUCGAGGAUGUCUCGAUUACGCACAUGACUUUCGGCAAGGAGUUCACAAAGGCUGUCGAGCAGAAGCAGAUUGCGCAACAGGACGCUGAGCGUGCACGCUUCAUCGUCGAGAAGGCCGAGCAGGAGAGACAGGCCAACGUUAUCCGCGCCGAGGGUGAGGCCGAGAGUGCCGACACCAUUAGCAGAGCUAUUGCCAAGAACGGUGACGGUCUGAUCCAAAUCAGAAAGAUCGAGGCCAGCAGAGAGAUUGCUCAGACCCUGGCAGGAAACCCGAAUGUUGCCUACUUGCCAGGUGGAAAGCAGGGCGGUCAAUUUCUGCUGUCGGUAGGAAAGGCAUAA